GUAGAAGCAUGGCGGACCUGAGUGUACUACACGUCUUAGUGCCUUUUCCCUGUAGUUUUUCUUUAGUAAAGCUGCUUUCUUCAUAUGAUAUUAGCAUUUUUAGCUCAAGCUAGCUGCGGCCUUAUUGCAGACAGACACAGAGGAUAAAUGGAUGCUCUUUUUUUAGCUAUAGUCAUGAUCUAGAAGUUUCCCUGUUGCUCCUAUCAUUCAUCACCAUGAUGGAGCUCCCCGACUUCAGCAAGCAGCUGCUGCAGCAGCUGUGGACGCUGAGGAGGGAGGGUCUGUUCUGUGACUGCACCAUCCUGGUGGGAGACAGUUCACACCGGGCUCACAAGGUCGUCCUGGCUGCCUCUAGCAUGCUCUUCAGGUCCCUUCUGGACAGCUCGGACACCAUCUCCAUCGACACCUCCGUGGUUUCCUCCCAGGAGUUUGGGGUGCUGUUGGAAAUGAUCUACACUGGCAGGUUGCCUCUGGGGAAGCACAACGCGAGCCGCAUUGUUGCGGCCGCGGACAGCCUGCAAAUGUUCGACGUAGCCGUGGGCUUCAAGAAGGUCCUCACCACUCUGGUGGGUCAGAAAGUCCCAGUUCUGCAGGCAAGCAGCCAGGAGGAGACCAGCAGCGCCAGGAGCGAGAACCGACGCUCAGAAACACCCAACCAGGACAACUCGGCUUCUGAGAAGAUGGAGACGAUAGCUGAGGACAAACGUUGCCAUGACAACAAAGAGGAUGAAGAGGAAGCCACUGGUAGAAAAGCCUGUGAAGAGGGUUUGGGCACCUCAGAACCUGAAGAGGCCACCUCCUCUGGAAGUACAGCAGCAGAAAGCAACCCGUCGGCCACAGAGGUGCCAGAGGGACCGGCUGCUCUGCUGCUUCAACAUUCCUCUCAGGUGGUGGAGCUCCUCAGCAACAUGCCGUCUAUCCUGGAGCUGCUGAGCCAGGCAGCACAGAGCAGCCUGGAUGAACAGAACAGACAGGUGGUGAGUCAGUGCUACGAGGACAGGGAUCCAGCCUCUGUGGUGGAGAAGCUGAUUGGCAGACUGAGGAACGGAGGAAUCAGCGAGGGCUCCUUCCUCCAGCUGCUCUGCAGCGUCCAGAAGAAAGCUCUGAUGGCGUUCCCUGAACCGCUGCGGUCUCUGCUGGACAAUCCGGACGAGAACACACCGCAAGCUGCAGCUGACUCAGAGGAGCCAGACGGCUCCGCAAAGGAGCCAAACCCAGAGGAGAAGGCAGACGUGGAGGCCACCGAGAACCAGAGCGACGAGGAUGAGGAUGAAGCGGAGGCCGACGCUGCGGCAGACUCCUCUUUCAUGCCCUCCUCUGACUCCAACCGCUACCCCUGUCGGUGGUGCAAGAAAACUUUUAACUUUAAGUGCCGGAUGCUAGCCCACACGAAGCGCUGCUCCAUGUCACAGGAGUGUAGGGUCCAGUGUCCGCAGUGCCCCAAGAAGCUGCCGAAUCAGCGGGCUCUGCAGCGCCACCGCGGGGAGGUUCACCGCAACACACCGCGCGUCAAGAAAAGGGUGGCCUGCGAUAUCUGCGGACGCAGCUUUGCCCAUCCAUCAGGUUUGGUUUACCACAAACAGGCAGAGCACCUUGAAGUGAAGCCGUUUGCCUGCGAGGAAUGUGGCGCAGUGUUUGGAGCCAACUCUUCUCUGAAGAACCACAUGAGGCUGCACACGGGAGAGAAACCCUAUCACUGUCAGCACUGUGACAUGAGCUUCAGCGUAGCUGCAGCACUGGCUUACCACACCAAGAAGAAACACUCUGAGGGAAAGAUGUAUGUGUGUCAGUACUGUAAGGCUGUGUUCGCCCAGUCCAUUGAGCUCACACGUCAUGUACGGACGCACACUGGUGACCGGCCUUAUGUGUGUCGAGAAUGUGGGAAGGGCUACAGCCAGGCCAGUGGGCUCACUGUCCACCUGCAGACUUUCCACAACUUGUCAGAACCUCAUGACUGUAAGAAGUGCUGCCUCAGCUUCUCCACCCUGGAGGAGCAUCAGCAGCACAUUCAAGAGUUCCACCCUAAGGAGUUCCAUAAGUGCAGCACAUGCAGCAAGGUGUUCCAGAGCGCCGCCCUCCUGGAGAAACACAAUGUGACACACUCUGGAAGCAAACCGUUCAGCUGCCAGCUCUGCAACAAAUCCUACCAGCAACUGUCUGGGUUGUGGUACCACAACAGAACCAACCAUCCUGACGUGUUUGCCAGCCACACCCGGCAGCUCAAGACCCUGGUCCAGUGUGAACUCUGCUUCAAGUUCUUCCCUGACGCUGCCACGUUGUCCACACACCAGGCCACGGAGCACCCGGGUUCGGAGCCACCGCCCGUCUCCUGCCUGUACUGUAAGGUCGAUCUGGGCAGCGGGGACCAGGAGCAGCAGCACGUCUGCAGCCAGCCGGCCAGCAGCUGCCCCCUCUGCACGCUGAUCUGCGUCUCCCAGCUGGAGCUGCAGGAGCACAUGCUGUCCUGUCACAUGGAGCUGGAGGCAGGGGUGGAGGGCCACGGCUCCACCACCUACACGGUGAUUUCAUCAGGAGACAAGCAGGAUGGGGAGGAGUCCAACAUGCUGUCUGAGGAGCAAAGCACCCUGGGAAAUGGCCAGCAUGUGCUUGUAGCGGUCAGUGGUGGAGUAGAGGGCGGGUCGGCAGGUGAGGUGGUGGAGGUGAACAUCAACGAGCUGCUGAGCAGCUCCAUGGCAUUCAUAUGCCAGGACAAGAAGUCGCCUCAAAACACCUAGCAGAGGACCCCAAGGCCCAGCUGGAGGUCUGGGUUGGACUGGAGCUGCUCUGCAUGUUUCAUAUAACUCAGUGUCUGACUACUGCAGAACUCCGGGGCCAGUUCUGAUGUUAAGAAGCAAGUUUUUACUUUAGAGAGGACUCACAACUGUAGUUAGAAUUCAGGAUAUUUCCAGAACUGAGUGUGUGUGUGUGUGUGUGUGUGUGUGUAUUCAGUGGGAGAACCCAUGAUUCGAUCCUUUGCUCAGGAUUACCUCCUUACAAAAGUCUAAAAAUUUCUGUGUUCAGUAUAAGAGGAAAAGGUCCAAUCCUCCAACAAAAAAAUAAACAAUAGUUUUUACCAUUA